AUGGAUCAUAGCGAAUAUCGGAUAGACCAUCAGUAUUCUUACUAUGAUCCGAACGACCCAUUGACCUCUUCUCUUAUGAGCUACAACCUUAAGCACUCGACAAGUUCGUUGGUAAGAAAGGACAUUAAGGAUUUGCUACAGGACGCCAAAAGUCCAGUGACCGACAAUGACGCUGAUUCAAUAACGAGUGAACAUUUCGAACACCUCUUUCAUCAUCCUGAAACUAGUGGAGAGAAGAGAACACUAUCUCCUAGUUCUCAAACUUCGAAUAAACAACAUGCGUUCCAUUCUAUACCAUCACUCGAUGAUGAUCCAUAUUUUCGGAUGCUCUUCAACAAGACCCAGGUCCUCUUACUCCGAAGAAACUUUUCUCUCGAUUUUCUAGUUAUAUUGAAAAGGUAUAUAUCAUUAUUGCUAGAGGAAGGGCAGGAUCCAAUGUUGGAUCAAUAUGUGCUAGAAUUACAAAAUGAAUUAGACAAAGGGUGGGAGCUUACUCAAGCAUUUUUGGAAUUAGUGGACACUUUUCUUACUUGUCCCGCAAAUCCAUGGAUGAUGCUAGCAUCCCUUGAACAAAGAAACCGAAGGGCUACCUUUCAAUCAAUUUUUAGUAGAUGGAGGCUACAAACAGAACUGAAUCUAAGUUUGAAGCAACUGGGCCUGAUAUGGGACAAUUACGUCCAGAGAAAGUACUUACGGGUCUGGCAAGAAAAAGUGAGAUUCAAGUGUAAAGAUUUGAGAUCAGAAGCUGAUUGCUUGAUCAACUUCAAAAGUCAGUCCAAUACGUUAGAUCAGUGGAUGAAACGUACCGACGCUCAGAAAGUAAAACAGGACUUAGCAGAUGCCUUCUUUCUCCAGAAACAUUUAAAGCUCAUUGAGAAAAUCAGCCUGUUCCAAAGAAACCAUCUCAAGUUAGCGGAUCACGACUACGAAGCGAGAUGCGUAAAGCGGGCCUUUUCAACAUGGAGACUCGAAACUCGAUAUCAACAUUCACGGCCUCAGCUAGGGGCGAAGAGUGUAAGGUUAUUCUUCAAGAAAGUAGUGACCAGGUCUGCAUACGUUCGAUCACUCGCUGACAAAGCUUUACUUCUUGAGAGAGUUCUCUUGUUAACUCCGGUCGUGAAAAUAUGGAGAGCCAAUUUGACCGAAAAGCAGAACAAGAUGAAGGAUCUGGUGGAGCUAGAGACAAUUUUUCGAGAAAAGAUGGCUCUUAAAGUCCUUAAAGAUGUUACCGAUUGGAAGGAAAGGGAGGCAUUCGCGGUGAAGUCUCUUGACACAAUUCUCGUAAAGUUUGUGUUUCGCAAAGUUUGGCUAAAGAGGCUAAGGGAAAAGUUUUCACUCCACGAGUAUCGCUCAAAGCGGAAAGCAGCACUGAGCGGGAGAUAUUUCUCGAUAUGGAGGGCCCGAUAUUGCAAAACAUUCAAAGCGUUCUCCCAUUAUGAACGUGUUCUCGCGCGUAAAGCCUUACGUGGAAUGCGAUUCAAACAGAGAGAUUUGGAAAUUAGACGAACCAGAAGUGAGACUUGGGCGCGGGUGCUUCUUUUACGAUGGAGCAAUCAAGCUAAACUCGAAAAAUUGCUAAAGAGAUAUCAAAUACAGGUCGUGCUCUCUUUUUGGAACCAUGAGUGGAAAAGAAAAUACAAAUCCUUCAAGGACCUAUCUACUAUUACCGUUAAAUGUCGAGAUUCUUUUCUAGUGAAAGAGCAUCUUGAGAAGUGGAUCCGGAAGUACAAGCAAGCUGAAGAGUUGAAACGAAAAGCCAAUAUUUUUGCUAAACUGAGGGCUAUUUCUAAAAUGAAGAGAACCCUUCCUCAUAGUGAAAGAUUGAAUCUAUUUUCGUUGGAAAUUGCAACGCAAAUCAACCAUAAGCACAAAAAAAAGUAUCUUUCACUUUGGAAGUCAAGCGUGCAGAUUCAGAGAAGAUUGAAACAGGAGAUUGUCUUAGAUCAAUAUUUAACGUUGAGAGAGAAAGCAGCUUUGAAAGAUUAUAUGGCCUUGUGGAGCUCGCGUUUCCGCUACUUCUCAUUAGACUGUACGAUAGUGGCAGACCGUCAAAGGUACCAGAACGUGGCUUCAAUGGUUUUGCAGAAGGCGCUAGAUAAGUUGCAGCUCCAUGAAAAUUGGAGAUUGGUGUCGAUUGAACUUGACAAUCAAUCGAAAAUGUCAAACUGCCUUGGCGACCUUAAGCUUAAGUAUACGCGCAUUUCUGCUAUGCGAAAACAGCUAGACCGAGUGGUAUCAGAAAAGGAUCUAUCAACGCUGGUCAAGUGCAUGAACAUGUGGACUAUGAAGGAGCUAAAAUGUUCAAGAAAUAGUGAGACAGUCGAUAUUUUCAAGAAUAGGUGGAAUAGGGCAAGCUUGCGAGCUAUUCUCUUAUUAUGGAAGGAAAAAUUGGAUUCGUUCAACUCCGAACAGCCUGCAUCCAUUGUCAAAAAGUCACCCGAUAACCAGGAACAAGAUCAAAGCUUAAUCACCCCCACUAGGAUCAAAAACAGCGGGCGCAUAACGAUACCUGGCUCUGAAAGAAUGAAACAAAACAGAAUGGAGGCAAUGAGAAAUCACUACAGGCGAGCUCGGAAAGCAAUCCCAAGUCCCAUAAGAUUUUCGGAGAAGCUAGACACUGUGACAAAGAGAAGAUUAGAGGUGAGUGCCUCAAGCCUUGAAAACCGGGAGAUUUCUCCGCCACCGAUAAUGGAUCUGGAGAAGAUAAACAAAAAGUUGGCUUCUAGAAAAUCUACUAUUAGCUUCAAAAGCAUACCGGAUGCCAAAUUAAGCCCUCUUACUUCACCACAGUACUCCCCACUUCCUGUGGUGGACAGAUCCCUUCUUUCGCAGCAUAGUAGGGGACUGGAACGGUCACCCAGUAUACGAUAG